AGAUUCGAAUGUGUGGCUCUUCUCAGUUGUAUUCGAAUGGAAACUGGGAAACUGAGGCAGAGGGGCAUGGUAUCGGUUGUUGGCAAUGAUGCCGGCACCGUACUUCACACUGAUAAUGAGCUGAACACAUCUACUGACCGAGCUAUCAUGCAGGCGGAAAAUCCCAAAACACUAACCCCAACACCUGCAACUAAUCCCAUUGAAACCGAUGAUCCAACAGAAACAUCUGGAAUCAGAAUCCGCAACGAUGUCGAGAAUGAUGAACAGCAGCCCCAAUGCAGUGGUCAACAAAACCUCAUUGAGCAAUCAGAGAAGAGCACGUCUGAGGUGAAUGCGAUGAAUGCUCAGGCUGAAAAAAUUGCAGCUCGCCAGAAUUCGGUCCACAGCUGUGAGCUGAGGGGAAAAAUCCAAGCUGGAAAUUGUUGUCAAGACGAACAUCGUCGAAACUGCGCUACUGCUAGAGCGACCAGCAGCAGCAUUAGUUCGGUUUUUCCCAGUAUCAGCCAGCCGGCAGCUGAUUCGGUGCAGCGGUGUGGCGGCAUGCGUCGACCGAAUGUUUCCUAUGCUUCAGCAGCUCGAUCAAGUCUAACGAGGCGAACGCUGUCAGCAGAAGAGAGUCCAUCGACCAGUAAAGUCAUCACCGGUAAAUUGUCCAAACCACCUUCAGCCGUUGCAACAUUCCAUGCACGACAAAAAUUGUCGAAACAAAUGACAGUCGAUGAGACAUGUUCGCCUAUCUUCUUAGGAGAGGAAGAAGACUGUCUUCAGCCUACGUCUAACAGUCGUAUACGACUGAAACCACUGCUGUCUGAGAAUCAAGAUCAUCGCCCUGCUUCUGUUGACGUAUUGCGGAGGCCGAAUGGACAUCCUCUAGGCGCUCAAGAUCGGCCACGAUCAGUCGAUGUAGUUGUAACAUCAAAACCUUUACGACCUUCUGCCAGUAAAGGUCCGCCAGAGACAGCGAAGCGAAAGCUGAUCAAAAGCAAGUCAUUAGCUCAAACCCUGUCCGCCAGCAUACCUGAUGAGUCUACCAACGAGGCGUCUGCAGAUCAUGGAGCACCUGCCAGGACUGAUGAACCACACUACCCAAGCCCAACAGGCAACCAAAUACCAUGCGGAUAUAAGCAGUCAUCGCAGCCACAACCAAUUUCUGUAAACUUACCCGAUGAAGUGGACGAGAUGCGACCAAUGCGUGAGCUUCUACCAGAACGAAUUUCUGGUGCGCCAACGCUGAUGCGUGUCGAAAAACAUCCAUAUCCCGGCACAGUGCCAUCAAGGACUCGACAACUUGUACGCAGCUUAGCGAUGUGCGGCGACGAUGACACUCGGCUGCGACCACCACCACCGCCGAUGGUGAACACGUUUGCUUCAGUAAGCUCAGUAGGCGUACCGCCUAGAUUUCAUAGGAAUUCUUCGUCACUUAGCCGAGAGUCAUCAUAUACGGACUACACGGCUGAUCUCACUGAAGUGGAGCUUCGCGCUUUCAUUGCAGCCACAUUGCAUAAAAAUGCCAGAGAUCGUGCUAUGAUUCUAGAAUUAGAGCAACUGUUCACGGAUUUUGUUAAUGAGUUUGGGGAACAAUCUCUAAAACUCCCACCGGUUUCUUCUUACAACCGGAUGUUGAUACAUCGAGUAGCUGUUUUGUUCGGAUUAGACCACAAUGUUGAUAACAGUGGGAAGUGUGUAGUGGUUUCGAAGACGUCGAAGACUAAAACGCCAGACUUUCUCUUCGCUAGCUUGAUUCAAAGCAAUGUUUAUACCGAUACUAGAAGAUUCUGUCCUAAUUAUGUUGGUUACAUGGAGGUUGGUCCUGGUGAUGCGAUGCAACGGAGGGCGCAGUCCUUCGAGACGGGCUAUCUGUAUCCCAGUGUUGAUUCAGAUGUGGUGAACCCAGCACAUACGUGGGCACAAGCAAACCAACGAUCCUUUGAAAAGCAACCUCACUAUUCUUAUCAAAUGGGUAUGGUAGAUCGGAGUACCAUGAUGAGAAAAGCUGGCAGCUUUAGUGGUGUUCCUGCAAUUUAUCGCUCAGGCAGUGGUUCCUUCGAAAAUUACGAUCGAUCUCAAAUGAAAACUGGACAAGCUCAUUCACUUGCAUCAUCUAGCCACCUUUCACCUCGCGACCCUAUCGACGAAACCGUGGAACGAUUCAAUAAUGCGAGCUUAUCAGAUCGUGCUAGUCAGUUCAGCUAUCGGUCGACAAGCUCAAAUCCACCAUCACAUCAAGUAAUGUAUCAGUCAUAUCCGCAAAUGAUGCAGUAUCCUGUUAAUGAGGAAGUUAUUUAUCCUCCGUAUCAGCAACAGGUAUACAUGCAGCCAACUACGAUGAUGACUCCAACAUCUGUUGAAAUCUACCCUCCACAACCAACCAUCGUCAUGCCGGUACCACAGACUACGGUGCAACAGCAGCAAGUUCCUGUCAUGCAAUGCCAGCCACAAGAACAAAUUGCACAAAUGCCCCAGACUCAGCUGGAGCAGUCGCAAAUCCUUUCUACCCACCCUGAUUACGUCCAGUACUCUGCACAGCACUAUCCGACUCAAGUGAUGACCUGUGCGCCACAGCAGUAUCAAUCACUUGCUCACCCUCCCUCGUACCAGACGCAAUACCAGCAAGUUAUCUAUCCCCAUCAAAUGGUUCAACAGCAGUUGAUACAACCUCAGCAAUACCAGCCAACCUUUGUCCAGGCACCGGUACAAAAUCUGUAUCAGCCGACUGUCGUACAAGCCCCUAUGUCUCAGCAGUACAUGGCCCAACAGCCAGUAGUGCAUGUGCAGUCACCUCUGUACCAGCAACAAGCUCAGCAGGUCAGACCACGAUAUUCUGCCAUGACGAUGGCGCCGGUAGCUGCGCAGCAGUAUGUGGAUGGAGCCAAAGCCGAGCAGCCGGCAACAUACCAACCAGUUGCGUACGGCCAGUGGCAAUCUACGGAACAAUAUCAAGAAAGUACCCAUGAAAGUGAAACUGUGGAGACCUCCGCUGGUACGGAACAAACAGAAUCGCAAGUAACAGCACCUGCUCCAGUUCCUCUCCAAACUCCUAUAGGUAAAACUGUGAUGGCUCCACUAUCCGUACUUGUAAACACGGAGCCGAUGUAUCACUACUCGCAGACAUCACCAGUGAUGUCAUCGAUGCAACAGCAGCAAAUGCUACAGAUUCAGUCUCAUUCAAGACCGUUAUUAUAUCGACCAUCACCUCAGUAUACAGCGCAACAACCCAGUGUUGAUGGAGGUUACUGUAGCAUGACUCAGGAUUCACUUCGUGAUAGUGAUGUAGCAGCUGAUGCUCAAUAGUUCCACCGCUGAUUCUUAGUGCGUUUUCGUUGUGUGAGAUCAAGGAGUAUUGUAGUCUUAAAUUCAAGCCGCACUCUACGAGUUACUCGAAGUUGGUUCCGCUCAUUCACAAAAUGUAAUCGAUACGUUUUUUCUUUCUAUUGUUGAUCUUUCUAUAGAUUUAAAGAUUCAUUUUCCCCUCUCGGGUGACCUGCGUUUCUGCCUGACCUUGCACGCACAAAAUUCUUUUGAUUUUAGUCGUAGCGCUCACGACAUUAAAUAGUGCAUUAAUUGUUUCGAUUAUAUGUUGGCUUCGAUCAUCUCAUUAGUGCUCAGAUAUGCUUCAUUGUUUCAUAUUAUAUCAACACGUUCUAAAGUGCGUGCCGAGUGUGAUAAUGUAAUUGUAGGUCAUAAUCUUUAUUUUGCACUGAACAUGAGCUCUGUUGGGUAAAACUUGCCCUUUUUGUGAUUGAUCACUGCACAACUUGGCGUUUUUCUACUUAUAUUCGUUCGAGGAUGUUCCGCACUACAUGUUCUUAGAGGCAGUGAAAUGACUUCUCAUUUCUUUAUCAUUGUACUUUGUUGAUGCUUUAAGCAAGUAGUUUACCCCUCUUUUUUUAAUCGUUAGUAAUCAAUUUUUCCUCUAGAAUUGCUUCAUUAGAGUCAUAAGAUGGCUCAGUUGUGUAGUUCUAGUUCAACAGAACCAUAGAACUGUACUUUGGAAAUUACCAGAACAUAGUUGCUUGUAAUUCCCUAUUUCCCUUUCUUUCUCCCAUAAGUAUGUGUGUGGUGAUUUUACCGGUUGUUUCUCUUUUAUUUUCCCGAGAAAUUCGUAAUAUAUUGUAGUUUUGCAUCUCAAGUGUCCAUUGUUUCUCCUUAUCAGCAUUUUAGGAAUGAUGAAUGUAUUAUAUAAUGAGAUUUAAAAGCUAUUAGUGCAAAAUAUUUACUCAUUUUUUGGUAGCGAAUUCAUAGCAACUCGCCACUCUUGUCUUUGGCUGUCCCGGUUUUGUCUAUAUAGUCAUUGUUAGCUGGUAAAUGUUUUGUUUGGCUCAAUAAAGAUUCUACGAGA